CACGCAUCUCGGGACGGCGCCUUAGGUAGGUCAAGCGAACUUCUCCAUAGAUAAUUGCUUUUCAUCCAUCAAAGCGACAGCCAGCCUCUUGCUAAAAACCAUCUCUUUUCAUCAAUUAAAUCAUUCCCAGACGCAGGGCAAACCGAGCUGUGAUCUUUCUAUUUCAUCUGGCUAUUCCUUCUUUUCAUCCCCACCAGCACCCAGCAAGGCGCCACAAUGUUCAGUCGACGCUUCGAACCCCCUCAAACAGUGAACAAGAGCUUUUCGAAAAGUCACAAAGCAUCCAAGUCCAGCUCGUCAUUCAGCAAAUCCAGCGGCGUUUCGAAACAUCGCCAUGAGUCCCGCCACAGCCGCCGGCCGACGACCGCCACCACCUCAAGCACAGCAACUGAGGACACAUCGAUGAGCAACAACCUCACCUCCGCUAUUGUAACCCUCGUCGUCGGCACCGAACAGCGGCUCUUCGCUGCCCACGAAGAUGUUCUUUGCGCUUCUCCCUUUUUUCAGCAUGCUCUCCGCGGCGUUUAUUCCCCCGACUGUGGCGCCGCGGCCAAGCGCGUCGCCCUUCCCGACGAGGAGCCUGAGAUAUUCUCUUCGGUGCUCGAGUAUCUCUACAAGGGUGACUACUACCCGCGCCUUGUGCACAACAAGCGUCGCAACUCCUGGGAGAUUGAGGCGCUCAACACCGACAACGGCCGCGGCGGCGUCGAAUCGACGGUGUAUCACCACGGCGUCGACGGCGAAUUGCUCAAGGACACCGUCAUCUAUUGUGCCGCAGAGAAGUACGGGCUCGACGAGUUGAAGCGGGUUUCUUUGCGGAAGCAAGGUCUUCAAUCUGGAAUCCAGUGCAGCACGAUUCUGGCUUCGGCCCGGUACGCCUACGCAAACACCCCCGAUAGCGAUUCCAAGCUGCGGGCUCACUACCUCGCCCUUAUCAUCCGCAGCCGGAGCACCUUCAAACGCAGCGGUACCAUGCAGCUUGAGAUGUACAACGGCGGCACCCAGCUCUUCUUCGACCUCUUUGUCGCCCUCUGCAACCAUGUCGACGAUAUUUCGACUGUAAACUCUCCUCGCACUCCUCGCGGAAGCCGUCCUUUCUAGGGCUUACCGGUCUCACUCUCGCAUUCAUCACCACUUACCGCUUCGGCCGAGGACGAAACAUACGUCUUAUAUUUAAUGACUUGACGUUUUCACGCACUCAUCUUCACAUCCCAUCUCCCGUUUCCUUCUCCUCAAUCAUGAGGUGGUUGGGGCAGUUUCUACUUUGGAUUUGCAAAAAAAAAACGCAAAAUACCAUAAACAUCUGGCGUUUUAAACACCCAAGGGAUCGGGCAGUUUUGGCGUUGAGGAGUCAUAUGUAUUAUCUCUGUCAUCCCUCUUGCGGCUUCGUUGUCUUUCUUUUGGCUCAACCUCUUAACUUCUCAUGAGAAAUCCCUGUAUUUUUACAUCUGCAUUUCAUUUGGUAACACCGCCGUUCCCCAGGAGUGGAGCCUCUGGGAACUGUUUCUUCCCAAAAGCUCGGAGAACGGCCCGUAUGUAGGCCAUCAAGCCUCGUUUUCCGGUCACGCUCAAGCGGCAAAGAAAAGAAUGAGAAAACAAGAACAAAUGGCAACUUGAUUUAUUUCUUCCGCCACAAGGAAGCGAAUCAAAGCUGUAAUAUUACCAUUCUAUACAUUCGCUCUGACACGUUCAAAUUUACAGGAGUUGCUGUUGU